CUCCAGCUGACACAUCUUCAGAGUAAAGCGAGACCACGUUUUGUCACCUGAUUGCAGCAACAUCAGAUAACGCUGUUUGUACUUCCGCUGCGUUCAGAAGACAGGAAGCAGGCUGGCUGAAUAAAGAGCAUGCUGCUCGCCGUCACACUGCAUGAAUAAGAUCGAUUGCUUCAUGUGUGUAAAACUAUCAGGCCACCAGCGUUCGCUGCCAGAACCAUGAACAAAAAACUCAGUUUUAAAUGGUUUGGGAGCCUCACUAAUCUGUCUUCACGACGGUCGUCGGGGAAGUCAAAAAAGAAAACAGCCCCAGAGUUUCAUGGGAGCCACUGUGGAGCCCCAGCAGCAACAGUUGGAGACCAGUCAGUAGACGACAUGGAGCCCUGCCUCCACAGCCCCAACUACGCCCGCUCCAGCGACAUGUACACACAUGUGGGCACGGUGCCCCGCACUGAGAAGCAGAAAAAGAGCUGCAAGGGGAAGAAGAACACAGAGGAAGAGGAGAAGAAGGAGGAGGGGAAUAAGUGGAAGGCGGGGGAGCGUGUCCGAGACUCUCCUCUGCUCUCUGCCCUGUCCAGCCUCAGUUCGACCAACAUGGAGCAGCUUCAGCCAGUUUUGGCCUGUCCGCUGCCCGCCACAGUGACCCCUAGCCGAGCCUCACCUUUGACCCCAGCACCUGAAGCCUGCCUCAAAGAUCUGUCAGACAACCCUGUAACCAUUCGCAAGGCCCCGGAGAUCAAUCCUGCUUUGGAAACUGGCAGGAAGCCUUCAAACGUGGAGAAUACGUCCACCACUUUGAUGCAGGAUGUGUAUGUGCCAAUGGACCCAAUAAGUGAGACGAGUUGCAGCCAAACAGACGUCCAAACAGAAAGACAGCGAGGCAUCACAUGCACACAAGAAAUCAGCGGCUCACGGGAAGAAGAGACCGCUGGAAGUGACUCCCAGACUGCUUCGGCUGGGCUCGUGCGGCGGACCGUGCAGGAAAACAUGAGCUCAGUCGGUGUCGGUCGCCGUCGGUCAGUCCGCUGCGGGGAGGAGGGCGCGACGGAAAGGUGUCCAGGUGUGUCGCAGAGCGGAGGAGAAUAUGUCAAAUUCUGCAAGGAUACGUUCUGGUUGGAGCUGCCAUCGGAGAAAGUGAGGAAGCAGCUGGAGGAGGAACUGAAGCUAAGUAGCACCGACCUGAAGAGCCAUGCCUGGUACCACGGAUGCAUCCCCUGGGAGGUGUCUGAGAGCCUGCUGGUGAACCACGGUGAUUUCCUCAUCAGGGACUCUCGGUCCAGUCAGGGCGACUUGGUCCUGACCUGCCGCUGGGAACAGAAAGCGCUUCAUUUCCUCAUCAGGAAAGCGGUCCUCCAGCCCUCGGAGACGUACACCCGUGUCCAGUACAGCCUGGAGGAUGAGAGCUUCGACUCUGUGCCGGCGCUGGUUAACUUCUACGUGGGCAGCCGGGCAUCUCUGACCCGGAGCAGCGGAGCCCAGAUCCACCGGCCGGUGAACAGGAUGCUGCCGAUCAGAUACCUGGAGACGACCUUCUGCUCCACCGGCAGCCAGGAGGGCGACGGCAGGAAGGAGGCGGUCUGUCCGAGAAGCCCUUCAUCUCUCCACCACAAGGGGGCAGAAGUGACCAGCGAGCAGCUGAUGGCCGCCGGAGAAGCCGCCCUCGCUGCUCACCACCACCCACAGCGUUGUAACCUUAGUGUGACACCAUCCGCCACCCUGUCCCGGUCCUUGGAAACCACCCGGCUCCAGCCCUCUCCCAGCAACCCUCUUUCCUCACAGCCCCGCGAUCUACCACGGCCUUGCCCCCAACAGAACUCCAUCUCCUCUGAUCCGGAUGGAAGCUGCUACACAGAGCUGCAUCCCGGCCCUCAGAGCUACGUGGAGAGGCUGCGGGUGGAGGAAGGCUUGUCAGGCGUCAACCCACUCCCAGUGGAGGAUGGGAAUGUGUACUUCUCUCCACUGGUGGAGACGGUGUCUUGUUUCAAACCCAGUAGGUACCAGUCUCCACUGAUGCCCAAGGAGAAUAAGCCUCUGGAGGUCUGCAUCCUGAGGAGGGUGAAGGAGCUGCUGGCUGACGUUGAUCCCAGGACGGCGGCCAAACACAUCACCAAGGCUGACUGCACGGUGGCGAGAAUCCUUGAGGUUUCUCCAGAGGUGCAAAGGAUGAUGGGAGUUAGUUCGGGGAUGGAGCUGCUCACUUUGCCACAUGGCCAACAGCUAAGACUGGACCUGCUGGAGAGGUUUCAGACCAUGGCGACCAUGCUGGCUGUGGAUGUGUUGGGCUGCACGGGGACAAAUGAAGAGCGAGCAGCUCUGCUGCAUAAAAUCAUCCAAAUUGCCGCUGAGCUUAAAAGCACUAUGGGAAACAUGUUUGGCUUCGCUGCCGUCAUGAGAGCUUUGGAGCUGCCACAGAUUUCUCGUCUGGAGCAGAUGUGGACGACGUUGCGUCAGCGACACACAGAGGGCGCCAUCCUUUACGAGAAAACUCUUCGACCGUUUGUGAAGAGCCUGAAUGAUGGAAGAGAGAGCUGUCCACUGUCCAGCACCACCUUCCCCCAUGUCCUCCCCCUCCUGAUGCUGCUGGAGAAGAGCGCGGCGAUGAGUGAGGGGGCGGAGCUUUGGGACACGGCGGAGGUCGGGGUGGAUGUGGUCAUGUUCCACCUGGGGGCAGCGAGGACCAUCGCUCAGCUGGGGGGAAUCUACCGCUCCAACGCUGAGAGCAAAUUACAAGGUCUGGACGAGCGGGCCGAGCUCCGGGAACUCUUCCUCACCGACUUCCAGAUGAGGCUGCUGUGGGGGAGCAGGGGAGCUGAGGAGAACCAGGCCCUGAGACACUCCAAGUUCGACCAGGUGCUGACCGCCUUGUCCAACCGGCUGGAGCCUCCAAGUACGCCACGCUGACCCCAGAACUGGUCUGAUAACCGGGUUUCACACAGACCAGUACAUUUCUGUCCCUUUAAACCUUCUCUGAGGUCUCUGAGAUGACCUAAAGACCCGGUUCGGGUCCAUGAAGUCACGGAAGACCGUCUGUCGGUCUGGAGGCUGGUCCUCAAACUAAACAAAUCUCUAACAGGGCCCAUCUUUUCAUGUUUCAGGGGAAUAUUGAUGCGGUUUAGAACCACGUGACAGUUUUUCUGUUAACUUACAUCUAAUAUUUAAUAGUUGGUUUUUCUUCACUGGAAAGUUUACUGAAUAAAACCUGCUGAAGCUUUUUAACCCAGAAAACAUCUUCAAGUCUUUAACGUUCGCACUAAGAUGAUAUUUUUAAAACUUUUUCUCAUUUAAAGUUAAAAUAAAUGUUUUUUUUAAACAAAUAAUUAAUAUAACAGGUAAUAAUAUGAUAAGGGCAUUUAAUGGUCUAAACCUGAAACAGAUGAUAAACACUUCUAGCAUUAAACAGCCAAGUGGUAGAGAUGCUUCUGGAAGGUUGGUUUCCACUAAGUUUUAAUAAAAUGAAAUAAAGUCAGGAAACAACCUGCUCGCCAAACAACCAUUAGAAGUUCUAACUUAUUUUAAAUUCUUUGUCUUUUUGAUUUCCCAGUUUUUCCUGACAGGUUAACAGCGCCCUCUACUGGUUAUUCCUGUACAAGAUUACAAUUUAUUAUAAAUGUAAAUGUUUUAAUGUUCAUUUCAGUCACUCUGUAAUAAAACUUAUUUAUGAUAUCAA